GUCAGUCCCUAGUGUUUUGUUUGUUGUUACCAGCUGGUGAUGAUGCUUAAUACUCAGCUGAGUUGAGUUUAUUAUUCCGUUGAUCUUGAUCGCUCCCUUUUAGCUUUCAGCUCAGCAGUCAGUUUUCGAUUUAGCCUAGUUUUCAUUGUUUACUAAGUUAGGCCUAGUUGUGUGUUGUGUACUUGUCAGUGUCAGUCAGUCAAAAGUUAAGUUUUUUUCAAGAUUGUGCUAUGGUUCAGGAUUGUGUGAUGUGAACUUGCCAACUUGGUUAAGUAAUUAGUCGUUGCAGUCUUCUGUUAAAAUCUUUUGGUUGUUCUCUGCUCUUUCUCAUAAACCAAAAAUACCUAGUGAAUUAAAUGAAAUAACUAGUGAACUAACCACAAGGUAAAAAUAAUUCUCCCAUAUUGUCUGUGGAAAGCACUCAAGAUUGUUCCUAACUUAGAUUUGUUAAUAAUGAAAUAUAGAUUUGAGUGAUCAAGAUUCUUUAUGGCUACCCCGGGUGGAUCGCCAUCCAAAUGGGACGAUGUGGAUCUCAACAACCUCUCUGACGAUGGGGGAGGAGACAAUGAGGGGGAGGGGACAUACAGGUACCCAGGAGAGUAUCGCAAGACAGCUCCUCAGUAUCUACCUGGGCGAGGAGUGGUCCGAUACAGCUCAGCGCUCAGACAUCUCAUACCAGUGAGAGCAAGGAAAAAAAAACGAGAAACUCUGGGCGUUGAUGAAGCAGGACUUUUCUCCUUCAUAUCCUUCAGUUGGCUGUCCAAGUACAUGAUGAGUGCCUACAAGAGAGGAAUCACAGCAGACGACAUUCCUGAUGUACCUCCGUCGGACUCAUGCGACUACAACGCUCAGAGGCUGGAGGUGAUGUGGCAGGAUGAGAUGUCAGUCAAGGGUCCCAAGGCUGCCUCCCUCAAGUGGGUCAUCUGGAGGUUUAUCCGCACCAGAGUCUUCCUGUCCAUGUUCAUCAUCUCACUCAACAUCACCACCAGCUUCAUCAGUGUGGCUUUUGUAAUGCGGUGGCUCUUGGAGUUUGCCGAGAACCCUGAUGCUCCUAUGUUGGAGGGGUUCAAAUGGGCUUUCCUCUUAGGAGUUACUGAACUCUUCAGAAUAGUGUUCUACGCAGGAGCCUGGGCUGUUUCAUCCAGAACAGCUAUUAGACUGAGGGCGGCCUGUCUAACAAUGUUGUACCGGAAAAUCAUCAGAGUUCACACACUGGGCGACAAGACCAUUGGAGAGCUGGUGAACAUGUUUGCCAGUGACAGCCAGAGGAUAUACCAGAUGGUAAUCUUUGGUCCCAUGGUGAUCAGUGGUCCUGUGUCCAUGGGCUUUGGUGUUCUGUACAUCCUGUGGCUGCUCAGCCCCUGGGCGCUUGCUGGCAUGUUGGUCUUCUUACUCUUCUACCCCAUCCAGUACGGACUGUCCAGAUUAGUCGGCCAUUUCCAAGCUAAAGUUGUGGCAAUGUCUGACAAGAGGAUCGGCCUCACAUCUGAGAUUCUCUGCUGUAUCAAGCUGAUCAAAAUGUACGCUUGGGAGAAGAGUUUUGCCAAAUCACUCUUUGACCUACGACAGCGAGAGUUGAAGUUCCUUCAAUAUGCGAUGUAUUUCCAAAGCUUGACCAUCUCGGUGGCCUCCACUGUGCCGAUAGUCACUGCCAUAGUUAUGUUCCUCUCUCACAUCGGGAUGGGCUACAAUAUCACCCCUUCACAGGCAUUUUCAGUAAUCAGCAUCUGCUUGAAACAACUGCGUAACGUUCUCACCAAUACGCGAGAGGGGUGGAAGAAACUCAUCGAGGGAGGAAUAACCGUGGAGCGUUUCCAGGCAUUCACGUCCCUCGCUAUGUUAACCUCUGUGUUAGUCCCGAUGUGGCUCUGUUGGUCGGAAGCCUGCCGCAGUUUAUACAGAGGAAUACCCACCCUUCGACGGAUAAAGAGCGUAUUGUUGCUGAAUGAGAUCUCGCCUUACGUAGCCAAACCAAUGGACAAGUCUCAGGCUGUCUGUAUUUCCAAUGGAACCUUCAGCUGGGACACUCCUCCUCCUGAUAGGAAAACUGCCAAGAGUAGCAAGAAGGGCGGAUCCUUCACUCUGCGGGGCUCAUUGCGAGCCAAGAAAACUCAACACAUUCCAGCAAAUCCAGAGGAGACAACAGUUCUUAACUCUCUUCCUAAAAUUGAGCCUGUGCUAAAAGACAUCAACUUCUAUGUGCCUAAAGGUAGCCUGAUCGGCGUGUGUGGACAAGUUGGGGCAGGAAAGUCCUCACUAUUGUCCGCAGCCCUAGGCCAGCUAAAGAUGGACUGCGGCAAAGUGUCGAGGGAAGGAACAUGUGCCUAUGUGAGUCAACAGGCCUGGAUACUCAAUGCUACUCUCAGAGAGAAUGUUCUGUUUGGAGAGGCAUUCAACGCUAAAAGAUACUUCUACACUCUGAACUGUUGUGCACUGAAUGAAGACAUCAACAUGCUACCAGGAGGAGAUGAGACUGAGAUUGGGGAGAGGGGAAUAAACUUGUCUGGAGGUCAGAAACAGAGGGUGGCUCUGGCUAGAGCUCUCUAUGCUAACAGAGACAUAUAUUUCUUGGAUGAUCCGUUGAGUGCAGUGGAUGCCCAUGUUGGAGCUCACAUCUUCAACAAGUACAUUUUGGAAGCCCUACAACAAAAGUCUGUCAUAUUUGUGACCCAUCAGAUACAGUUUUUGAACCGUUGUGACGAAGUAUGUGUGAUGAAAGAUGGUAGGAUAGUUGAGAGAGGGACUCAUGAGGAGCUGUUGAAGCAGGUAGGAGAGUACGCUUCAAUGGUACAAACCUGGCAACAGUCACAGAACAAUGCUGCCAACACAGCUGCCAUUGACAGUAAUGUGGAAGUGUUAGGUGUUAAUGGCGAAUGUGGUGAGGAGAAAAUUGUAACAAACGGCAAAUUGGAGAAAGAAGUACCAGCUCAAAAUGGAAAUACCACCACCCCAGGAGGAGCAGGUGUUCUCACUCAGGCAGAACACAUUGAGAGAGGAACACUCCACCCUGAGACGUUCUCUAGCUACAUGAAAGCAGCGGGGGGUGUUUUUGUGGUGAUGUUGGUAGUGGGCAUUAUUGUGUUGAAUGUUGGUGUCACUGCCUUCAGCUCUUGGUGGCUGGCGUUGUGGAUAAAGGCUGGAUCUGGGAACAGUUCAAUUACCAGAACUGAAUCGUUUAUUGUCGACAAUGAGACAUUAACCAGAAAUGUGACUGUAAUCAACCCCAAUCUGGCAGACAACCCAGACUUUGAAAUGUACAGAACCGUCUACGCUCUCACCAUUGUAGCUAUCAUAGCUACGAACCUGAUACGGGGACUGGUCUAUGCCAAGGUGUCAUUAAAGGCUUCAAGAACGUUGCAUUCCCUGUUAUUCGACAAGGUAAUCAAAGCUCCAAUGCAGUUUUUUGAAACCACUCCAAUGGGCCGGAUGCAGAAUCUAUUUUCUAAAGACUUGGACGAAGUUGACUCCCACUUGCCCUUCACGUUGGAGUGUAUGCUGGAAGAUGCUUGUACGCUCAUGUUUGCCAUUCUCUUCAUCUGCAUAGUCUUCCCGUGGUUCAUCGUCCCACUGCUGAUUCUCUCGCUCUUUUUCAUAUCUGUCAGCAGGAUAUUCAGAGUUGCAGUAAGAGAUCUCAAGAGAUUGGAGAACACAUCAAGAUCUCCCAUCUUUAGUUCUGUGUCUGCCACUGUCCAGGGACUGUCCACUAUACACGCCUUUGGCAAAGAGAACGAGUUUAUCAGCAAGUUUACGAACACAUUUGAUCGCAACUCAACUUGUCUGUUCAUGGCAACAUCAGCUGUGCGAUGGCUAGCCCUGAGGAUAGACGCAAUGAAUGUUGUGAUGAUACUGAUCACAGCCAUACUGUCAGUGCUGCUACACAACCAAGUACCUCCAGCCAUGACAGGUCUAGCCAUCGCAUACGCUGCCUCCAUCAGUGGCAUCUUCCAAUAUGUCAUCCGCAUGGUUGCUGAAGCUGAGACAAGACUUAUAUCUGUAGAGAGAAUUACUUCCUACCUUCAGAAUCUCAAAACAGAAGGAGGCACUGGACCUAAAGGGAAACCUUGGCAAGGAUGGCCACAAAGGGGAACCAUUCAUUUCAACAAGAUCAACCUGCAGUAUCGUAGCUCCUUACCUACAGUACUCAAAGAUGUGUCUUUCAAAGUCAAGGAUACUGAAAAACUGGGCAUCGUGGGCCGGACGGGGUCAGGUAAAAGCUCACUGACCACAGCGCUGUUCCGUCUGGUAGAGUUUUCUGGAGGAUCUGUGGAGAUUGAUCAGCUCAACAUCUCGUCUCUGGAUUUGGAACAACUCCGGACUCAGCUGACAAUCAUCCCUCAGGAUCCUGUACUUUUCUCUGGAUCAGUAAGGAGCAAUUUAGACCCUUGGAACUCGUGUGACGACGCAAGACUGUGGGACGUGUUGGAGAAGACACAGAUGAAAGAAAAGGUGCAAGCUAUGACCAACAAAUUGGAUGGUAAAGUCGGCUAUGGAGGUGACAACCUCAGUGUGGGGGAGAGACAACUACUGUGUCUGGCUAGAGCUUUGCUGAGGAAGACUAAGAUCCUGAUUCUGGAUGAAGCAACAGCUGCAGUAGACCCAGACACUGAGGCUGCCAUACACAGAGUGAUACAGGAUGAGUUCAGGGACUGUACUGUGCUGACCAUUGCACACAGGAUAUCUACUGUGCUGGGCUGUGAUAGAGUGUUGGUAAUGGAGCAGGGCGAGGUAGCAGAGCUGGACAAGCCGUCCAAGUUGUUGGAUUCACCUCAGUCCAAGUUGUCACAGCUGAUGGCUGCCACCAAAGAGACAAACAGCUGAUUGUGACAAAAUACAAUCAGCUGUUUAGUAACUCAUGAGACUGCACCUAAUUCAGCCUUUUACUAUCAGACUGAGCGUUUUUUGUAGGACAAAUUUUACUAUAAACUUUUUAGUUAUUGUUCAUCCUUCUUUUUAGGUUCACCCCAAAUGAUUGUCAUCAUUAGAUUUAAUUUUAUUGACUUGUAGAUAACUUUUAUGAUUACCCAUAAGAGUUGACAAUUUUAAAAUUUUUAAUGCAAAAUUUUAACAAUUUUCAGAAAAAAUAUGGCCUAAAAUAUGGUCUAAUCCUAGUUAGUGCUGAUUCCUUGAUGUUGUGAGAUUGAAAUAUCCCACCUGGUAAUGUUCGUGUAGGGCAAUCAUUCACUGUAUGACUCAUUCAGCUCAUGACUAGUCUUGAGAACUGUUUCCACUAGAAUUUAUUUUUUCUUCUUUGAGUAAUCUUUGGGAAGGCCCUUUCUAUUUGUACAAAGUUCACACGUUUGUAUUUUUUAUUGACAACACUUAUUUGUAUUAAUCAACAAAAUUUUAUUUACUUAGCCAUGCACUCAUAAGAAAACAUUUUUUUAAUAAUGUUUUAGUACUCCUUUGUUAUUUUUCUUAUUUAGUAAAAUUUAGAUGAAAAAUUGUAGCUAUGUUGUUAAUGCUAAUAUUUCAUAUCAUUUAGUUACUUAUAUAACUUGAAAAUAAAAACUAUGUAUUAAUAUUAUAUAAGUCUUAAUUGUAUUAUAGAUAUUUGUACAGUA